AUGGCUGAAUCAGGAACAAAUCCCGAACAAGGACUAUUCAAUAUUCGUGCAACACCUUCGAAUGAACAUUUAGUUUUUGCUGAAACGUUAAGAGAUUGGCGUGAUCCAUUAUUACAAGGUUACGAACGCAUUCUAGUUCCUCCGUGUCCACGUUGCGCAACAUGCAAAUGUGAAUCAUUAAAAGAUUUACCUAAUUCAACAGCACAUACAAUUCAUCAUCAUCAUCAUCAUCAUAGGCACGAACCCACAUGUCCGAAUUUUCGUCAUUAUCCACAACAAAUCAAACCAGCAGUUAAACAACCCAAUUUCGACAAACGACGUGCUGCUUCACACGAUUCAUCACCGUUGCUACUCAACACAAAUAAAUCUCCCCCAGAUUCUCCUAAAUGCAAACAUUUCAAAUCCAAAAUUCCUGUGAAAAUAUCAACACCCACCAGUGAAUAUUCCUCCUCUUCCUCACUGAUAACACGAUCUCAUUUACCAACUUCUCCUGCGAGUAAAAUUCCACGGUUGAUUCUGUUGCACAACUCAUCAUCGCCUGCGCCGACCAUCGACACUCAAUAUGAAAUAGAUAGUUUAAAUGAUGAUACGUAUCAAACGGUUUUGACAAUGUCCGAUAACGAGAACAAUCACAUGGAUACUUUGAUCGGCAUGAAGAAAAAACGACGAUACAAGCAUAAUCAUUCAUCAACAACGAUCGACAAACGACAACGCCGAUGUCGAUAUCGAGAAGGACGCUCUUCAAAAUCCACCUCGUCCUCCCAUGAUGUCUCGUCUUCGUCAUCAUCGUCAUCAUCAACCUCAGGUGUUCCUCUACGGAAAAAAUCUCGUUCGUAUCGGGUCUCUUCACCUACGCAAGUUCUCUCAUCGCUCUCGGAUGAUUCGUUAUCUGAACCUAAACAAAAUCGUCCGUUACGUACUCAAUCAACGUAUGUAUCUACAAACGAUCAAGCGAAUCACUCCACCCCCGCGCCAUCACUCUACUUAAUUCAAUUGACAAAGAAAACACACCCGACGAACUCAUUCGGUUUAACAAAAACAAUAACAUGCGUUUGGAAAAAUGCAUCGACAGGCAACGAUGAUGUUGACCGAGUUACUUACCCACGCUAUUCAAUUGAACAAGUUCAACCUAUCAUCGAUGAAAAGAGACCAUCGAUACCAAUUUCAUCCCGAAAUAUCGUAUUACAAUGUGGUCAGAUUGAUUGUUGGCAGAAUUUUGAUCCAUCAUCUGAGUCAAUACUCACAUCAUCGUGUCUGAAUUCGACAGGAUCAGCAUUUCAAAUCAUUUCUUUGCCAUCGGACAGCCAACAGAAUAGAACUCCAACAAAUUCUCAGGGACAUAUCAUCUCAAUAACAACGACAAAACGCUGUCAACCAUCGCUAUUGAAUGAUACGAAAAACAUUCAAUGGGCUGUGGGAGGUGACGGAAACCAUCGGCGAUAUUCCAUCGUUAAAUCACAUAGCGACGAUCGUCUACAUAAGUAUCAACAAUUACUAAGACGAUAUCGCACGCAAUAUGGAUCAGAUAGUAACACAGAUAGUGGAUCAUCGAGUGACGAAAAAAAUCUCUCGGCGCCACCCGUACUCCAUCAAGAACAUCUGACAAAGACAACCGAUCACAUUCACGAAGGUAUUCGAUUUCAGGGUAUCACAGAACGUCUAUUAAUCGAUGAUUUUCCAGAGAAUGGGCCAAAAAAGAUCGACGCGAAAGCAGACGAAAUUCUUGAGCCUGAUCCUUUCAUCAUUCACUCAGAUAUAUAUAAAACACUUCACACUGUGAUUCAGUCCGAACACAACAGUCAUUUCUUAUCCAAUCCAGCCAUGAUCUCGAAGUCCAAGCAAAUCUCCUAUGCAAGUACAGACGAAGACGUGGACGAAUUCAAUUCACAUUGUUCUGAAACUCUUGAUCAAUCAAGUCGAAAUGGUGCAACGCCUCGAACCUAUUCAAACCAAUCAUCUCUGGAACAGUCUUUUGAUAUUGAAGUAAACAGGGGACACGAUGUUAAUCAAACGAAUCUGAACGCUCUUCUCGAUGAACCAGUAUCGGAAGAAAUCACAAAUCAUAAUGACAAUUUAACCAUAUCCGACGACUCAUUAGUGAAUACAGAAUUCCAAUCGCCAUUAAUUCAUUUCACCGCAGAAAAUAGUGAACCGACGACGUCAGUUUAUACAGCUGAACAAGAAAUGUUUUUUUCGGCAAAAAGUGAAUUAACAACUGAGAAAGAUUUCUAUAGCGGUUAUGAACUUGAAAGUAUCACUGAUGAAGAAGACGAUGAUGCUCGAAAAGAUGAUUUCAAUGAAUAUCUAAUCAUUUCGGAAUCCUCGACAGCAUCAUCAACAACACACUCUGCUCCAACACCACCCGCACCACCUCCAUCAUCAAUUCCUCCUGAAUUUGAAUUCAAAUUACCAUCCUUUGGUGAAUGGAUCAAUCGUGCAUUUAAUACAUUUCUUUCCGAAGCUGAUCAAACUCCCUAUGAGACAAUAUCAACAAGUCGCUCGUCAUCCGACGUAUCCAUCCAUGGUUCUCAGAGUACGAUCAACACAUCUUCGUCAUCCCAGAUUGUCACUGUACGUGAAAAUCGAAAUCUAUCUAAAGAUGAAAGUAUCGACUUCUGUCCAACACAAUCAACAUCGAACAAUGAUGAUGAACAAAGCCUGAACGGUAUGUACACAAUUUUCUUUCAAUUUUAA